AUGCCGAACGAGGCAGAGGGCCGCAAGGUAGCCCUAGCAGCGUUCCUCGCCGUGCUCUUCUACCGUUUGCAGGACGACAAGUGCCGGGCCGCGCGGCAAAGACUCUCUAGGGAAACCGUUCGCGAUGGCUCCGGUGCGAUGUUUGAGCUUGUUGCUCCGCGUUAUGACUUUGUGAACAACGUGAUCAGUCUUGGACUCCACAGGGGCUGGAAGCGAACUGCAGUAGACGCUGCCCUGAAACCUUUUCUUGUAGCCAGCUCCGAGCGAGCAGAGCUCCAGGUCCUUGACCUGGCGACGGGAACCGCUGAUCUCGCCAUAGAUAUCGCUCAGAGAUACGGCAGUUAUGUGAAGCAGGUUGUUGCGGUUGACCCGUGCUCCCGAAUGCUCGACAUUGCGAGCAGGAAGCUCGCCAGAGCUCAGGUAUCCGAUAAGGUGUUGCUCGUGAAAGGUGUUGCCGAGGAACUUCCGCAGGAAUGGACGAACAGAUUUGACGUCUGCAUUAUUGGAUUCGGAGUUCGGAACUUUGCAGAUCGAAAGAAAGGUCUCUGUGAAGUUUGGAGAGUGCUAAAAAAAGCUGAGGCGUCAACAGCGACCCCCACUGACCCUGUUAGCCGUCUGGUGGUGCUGGAAAUUACGGAACCGCGCGGCCGCAGCAUCGCAGCACCUAUCGCCCGCUUCUUUCUGCGAACAUGUGUACCCUUGCUCGGUGCGCUCUUUUCCCUGCGGCUUCGGGAAUAUUGCUAUCUGCAAAGGAGCGCACGUCUCUUCCCACCGUUAGAUGAGUUUCUGGAGGCGAUGCGUGAUGAAUGCUGUCUUGAAACCAUACGAGCUCAACGGCUAGCGCCUUUUGGACUUGGUCCCGCGCUCAUCAUAGCGAAACCAGCGCCGAAACAGGCCUCUGUAGAGGCAGCGGCGCUUGCUCCGGAGGAUGCGUUCGUGAAUUCGAGCGCUACGCCAUCGCGAAGCUCGACUGACGCGCCUUGGCACGUGGAAAGCGCGCCCCGGAACGAUGAACGAGACGCAUCUGGGGUUGCGCCACCCUCGAGUGUAGUCGCUUAG